AUGCUGUCUACUGCCCAAACCUACGCCAAUGAAAUGAUACAGAAGUAUCCUGUAUUGGAACAAUUUCAGCCCACUCUGGACCGUCCCUUUUUCAAUAUUUCUUUGUGGGAGAAUUUCGACACGGCUAUGCGCUACGCAACAAACGGCAAGUUUAUUCCAAGCGAGUUUCAGUUCGUCCCUGGUAAACUGCCGUUAAGUGAACUUCCGCAAGUUAUUGCCGCUAUUACUACAUACUAUGUGGUGAUCUUCGGCGGCAGGUUUUUGUUACAAGGCUCGCAGCCUUUCCAGCUUAAUGCGCUAUUCCAACUUCACAACCUAUUUUUGACGACCCUCUCACUGACAUUGCUAGUGCUCAUGGUUGAACAGUUGGUCCCUAUGAUAGCUCGCAAUGGUCUGUAUUAUGCCAUUUGCAACAUUGGAGCAUGGACUCAGCCAAUGGUGACCCUGUAUUACAUGAACUAUAUUACCAAGUACAUCGAGUUUAUUGACACUGUGUUUUUGGUUUUGAAGCACAAGAACCUGAGGUUUUUGCACACUUACCACCACGGGGCCACCGCGCUCUUGUGCUACACCCAGUUGGUGGGUACCACUGCUAUUUCAUGGGUUGUGAUCUCUUUAAACCUUGGUGUCCAUGUUGUGAUGUAUUGGUACUACUUUUUGGCUGCCCGUGGAAUUAGAGUUUGGUGGAAAGAGUGGGUGACUCGCUUUCAGAUCAUGCAGUUUGUCUUGGAUAUCGGUUUUAUCUAUUUUGCCGUUUAUCAGAAAGUUUCACAUCUCUUCUUCCCACAGCUUCCACACUGCGGAGAUUGUGUUGGUUCAACUACUGCGACAUUUUCUGGCUGUGCCAUUAUUUCCUCGUACUUGUUCUUGUUUGUUGCAUUCUAUAUUGAGGUCUACAAGCGUAGGGGAACCAAGAAGUCCAGAAUUGUGAAGCGCGUUCGUGGUGGUGUUGCUGCUAAGGUCAACGAAUACGUGAACGUUGAUGUUGCCCACACUUCUACCCCAUCGCCUUCCCCUGCUCGUAAAUGA